GUAUCCUUUAAAGGUAGCUUAUCUCGGGUUUUCACAGAAAGUUGAGCGUUCAAUGGAUUCAAAAAAUUUGCAGAAUUGUCGUUAUUUUUAAUUUUUGGCAUUUUGUAUUUCUUUCUUUUUUUUCUCUUCUUCUCUCGUUUUCUCUUACUAUUCACCUUUUAAAUAUUUCUAAAAGAUAUUAACAAAAUUUUUUUAAGAAAUUUUAUUUAUUUAUUUUUUUGCUACAACUUUAAUUGCUUUUUGGAUUUAAUUGGAAGGAGAAAUGGACAAAAAAUUUGAAGAAGAACAAUUUAAGUGGCCCCGUUUGUGGUCUCCAUCAAAAUUUUCUCCAUCUCCAGCGCCUCAAUUACCCGAACAUAAAUAUAAAAUUCCAGACACUGCUCCAAAAGGAAUUUUUCAAAUUUUUGCCGAAGAGAAUCCUUACAUGGCGGCGGGAAUUGUUUUGGGAACGCUUGGAUUGAUAAUUCAAUAUUGUAGAAAAUAUUAG